AACCAACACCAUCCAUCUACCCACACCACCAUCUACCCACACCACCAUCCACACACCCACCACCAUCCACCCACCCACCCACCCACCACCAUCCACCCACCCACCCACCAACACGACCAUCCACCCACCCACCAACACCACCAUCCCACCCACCCCAGACCACCAUCUCACCCACCCACCAACACCACCAUCUACCCACCCACACACCACCACCAUCCACACACCACCCACCCACACACCACCCACCCCACACACCACCACCAUCGUUGUCGUCGUGGUUUUGGGCAGCGGGGGGGCAAAGAGGCACCGAACUCCGAAGCCAUUCGAGCCACGCCGGCGAGAGGAGAAGGAGGGCCUCCGUUUUGCCUCGCCGUGUUUGAAAUUCCACGUGAAAUAAGGGAAGGAUUGAGCCGCGAGGAUGGACAGCGAGCUGGCUCGGGACGGGCGCCUGCUGGAGCUAGUGGACGAGGACUGGAGAGAGGACCUCCUUCCGCAAGAGGACGUGGAUGUGCCCCUGAUGGAGUUGCCGGAGCCUGACCAAGACAACGGUCACGUGACAGAGUCCGUGCGGGAGCAGGAGAUGAAGUGGACCGACCUGGCCCUGCAGAACCUGCACGAGAGCAUGCCCCAGUCUGCGGCCAACUGACCAAGUCGGGGCUCCGUAAAAGAUCUCCAAACUCAAAAGCAGUUGCUCGGAUCGGUGACGGUGGCCAUGUUUUCUAGAGCAGUGUUUCUCAACUCCAGUGGUUCACAAGUCCCUUCUGCGAUACCACCUUUUUGUGAUUGCAAUCAUUGCUGUUCGUAUGCAUUUAAGCCACUGCAGGCUGCCAACAUCUGAUUGUUUUAAUAAAAAAAAAAUGUACCAUUGGGGGGUCGGUGAGGACUGCAGUUGAGAAUCGCUGAACCAGAGUGAGUAGAUAACGAUUCAGACUGCCCUCCCCCCAAGAUUGAACGAGUGGCCACAAUUCGAAUGAGGAGUAGAUAUUUAGAUUUGCUUGAUUUUUUUUUCUCUCAUCCGUAGUAUCAUUCGUUACAUUAGCCUGAAGCUGAAAUGUGCACAUACAUCUUUAUAAUGUGUGUAAAUUGUAAAAUAAUAGAUUCUCACGUGCAUGGUUAACUGCACUGCAUUUUUCAUGAGCAUAAGCAUUUAUGUUAAUAGAUCAAUAGUUACAUCAUAACUCGGUACAUGGAAUGGGGACCUUUCGGCUUUGCACCAACUGCAUCAAUAGCAAUACCUUUGUUUUAUUGUGUAACUGGAUGGGUUUUUUAUAUUCUUAGGUUUUUUCGGUAAAGUCACGUAGGUAAAACCUUAAAAUUAAUAAAAUAAAAGUAAAAUGAAUAAAAAAUCACGACGUUUCGGAGGCAACACAAGCUUCUGUCUUCAGGUGGAACCGUCACAGCCACGACAGCUGUAUCAAGUAAAUGAGAGAUUGCAAGAGCUACCACUCCGUACAUAUAAUGGUUGGAGAGGGGGGAAGGGCCAAGUACGGCACACUUUUUAUUCAUAUGGUAAGGUGAGGCUUAAGAGGGUGAGCCUUUGUUAUGGAGAGGUACGGUUUGUGACUAAGCCUGGCCUACAUAACAAUGUGUCGUGAUUUUUAUUUUAUUUUACUAUUAUUUUAUUAAUUUUAAUGUUUUACCUACGUGACUUUACCGAAAAAACCUAAGAAUAUGAAUCCUUGCAGUCACGAAAGCUUCAAAUCUAGAAUUAAUGGAUGGAUUUUGUUCAUGUCAGAUUAUUUUUUACCUGUAAUGCAGAAUAAAUGUAAACAGGGGAAUGCAGCUGCCAGCAGAGCACUGAUAAGUACUUCCAGAGUAAUUUUCUGCAGACACAUUUGUUGAACCAAUGUUUCUCGGUCGCCCAGUGUUAUGGGCCAGGUCCACCUUCCACAAUGCAAGGGCCUAAAAAGUGGAUUUGGGUUUGAAGCUAUCGAGGUUUAAUAUUUGGUUAAAUUAGGAAUAAAAAAUGGGUCAGAUUUGGCUGACAACCGUCGACACGAUUUCAUUGUUUACAAUUCAACAAAAGCGACAAGGCAUUGUAAUGAAAACGGAUAAAAGUGUCGAAACAGUAUUUAACAUUUUAUUAAGAAUACAAAUGUUGUAGUUAGGUGCAUGUCAAUAACACGUAAUGAAAUAGCGUACAGUGGCACAUUAACUGCAGCAGAUAUGUAAAGAGUACUUUAAAUGUACAACUUAUGGCUCUAAGA